CAGAAGAAGCGAUUUGUUUUGCAUGUUGCUGUGGUUGUUCCUCCAGUUGUCUUUGAAACUAUCGUCUAAUGAAAGGAAGUGUUUGUUUUGGUGGUGGGGGUUGCCAUCCGAAUCAAACUGGUUGUCUACGUGAAAUAGGGAAUGAACGACGAGACAGCAUCGGACAGCUGGAAGAGAAACUCCGGGUGCUCCAGUAUUGAGCAAAUGCUGGCUGUGAAUCCCGGAAAGACGCCAAUUAGUCUGCUGCAGGAGUAUGGAACGCGGAUAGGCAAAACCCCCGUGUAUGACCUGCUGAAGGCCGAGGGACAGGCCCACCAGCCCAACUUCACAUUCCGUGUGUCCGUGGGAGAGAUCAGCUGCACCGGCCAAGGGCCCAGCAAGAAGGCAGCCAAGCACAAAGCAGCCGAGGCUGCUCUAAAGAUGCUCAAGGGAGGCUUCGCAGGUCCCGCUGCUGUUGUUGUCGAAGGAGACGUGUUUAUCGGGGUUGACGUGCCGGCUGAUGGAGAGAGCUCCCCAUUGGAGAUGAAGACUUUAGCCACUUCUCAACAGUCUGAAUGUAACCCUGUUGGAGCACUACAGGAGUUGGUUGUGCAGAAAGGAUGGCGUCUACCAGAGUACACAGUUACACAGGAGUCUGGUCCAGCACAUCGCAAAGAAUUCACCAUGACUUGCAGAGUCGAGAGGUUCAUGGAAAUUGGAAGCGGUACAUCCAAGAAGCUGGCCAAGAGGAACGCAGCAGCCAAAAUGUUAGCGCGGAUACACGACGUCCCGGUCGACCUGAGGACCAGCAACGACGCAGAUCUGGAAGAGGACACGUUUAACAUGAACACGGGAAGCAGAGCAGAAGCUUGCAAAAGCAAAGGCUACAGCUGCACGUGGGACUCCCUGAGGAACUCUGCUGGAGAAAAGAUCCUGCAGCUCCGCAGUCACCCUCUGGGCAUGCCCUCCGACUCCAACUUCUGCUCACUCCUAAAUGACCUGUCGGCUGAGCAGUGCUUUGAUGUCAGCUACCUGGAUCUAGAGGAGCCCAGCCUGAGCGGGCUGUGCCAGUGUUUGGUGGAACUGUCCACGCAGCCAAUCACGGUGUGCCACGGCUUCGCCCCCAGCGUAGACGCCGCUCGGGCCAACGCGGCCCACAAUGCACUGCAGUACCUCAAAAUCAUGGCAGGGGCGAAGUGAUUGGAUAGUGUAUAAUGUAGGACGCAUCCCAUGCAUUCAAAUAUCCGAAAUACCUCAGAUUUCUUUUUUAUUUUUAUGAAAUAACCUAGAGACAGACCCCUUUAUGGUGACAUUGACAUCUAAUUGCUGCCAGGGAAGAUUGAGAUCCCUAUUUUAUUAUUUCUUUUCAUUUGUUAUAUCCACAUUAUUACAAAAAGACUACUGAAUAAACAAGAAGUCUUUUAAAGACUGCCCGUUUUUACCAGAUAUGUGAUACUGCCUUUUUGAAGUUUAUUCUGUUUGGCCGCAAUUGUAAACAUGUUUUAAACAUUGGGAAAAAAAAUCUUCCAUAUUGCUGUUUGGCACUUAAUGACAGUAAUAUAAAAUCUGAAACAUUUCUCUUGAACCCAAAUGCAGAACUGUGUUUUACAAAUAAACAGUAUGAUAAAUUACAGUACCUCACAGUCAUUCAACUUCAAUGUUUUUUCUCAUGGUGGCAAGUAUUUCUUCCCCCCCCCCAACCCCCCGCCCCCUUUCUUUUUUUUUUUUACAUGACACUGUUGUGUUUUAAUUUCCCUUCUUCUUAUAUAUAUGUUUUAUGAAAAUGCAUUAAUGCACAUUAAUUAUACACUCUCUGGUUGCCAUUUUUGUUUCACAACUGUACCAAAAAACAUGUUUUAUUUUGUCUAUUUUAUUAUUCUUUUUUCUUUUCUUUUCUUUUUUUUUUACCUCUAGAGCAUUUUGUGCAUUGCUGCACUUGUGUUACAACUGUUGUCCACCCAAGAAGGUGAAUCUUACAAAUACACUCCUGAUCAAAAUUUUAAGACCAGUUAAAAAAUUGCAAGAUUUUACAUUUUGCACUGUUGGAUCUUAAGGAGGUUCUAAGUACAGAGCAAGCAAUUUAUUGCAAACAAGCAUUAAAGUGAAAUAAGCUGCUCAUCAGAUCAAAAGUUUAAGACCACAGCCUUCAAAAGCCAAAAUCGUGGCAAAAAUGUGGAUUUAUGGUCAUUUUCUGUCAGGUAUUCACACUGUCAUGAUCUCUUCAUGGCAAAGGCAAUAAAGCUUUCUCUUUGAACACGGUCGGAUUGUUGAGCUGCAAAAAAUGUCACCAGUCCUGAGCCGCAGUAACCGAUUGGCUGUCCGUCAAGACACGGGACUAUCCUCUGCUCAAAUGAUGGUUGUUUGAUUCCGAGUGCUGUCCAAAUACCAUUACACAGUAUGAGCUCAAAGGCCUUGUGUCCUUCCUUCAACGCCACAAAAUUGCUCUUUGUGAAUUUGCUGGCUUCCAUCGUUACUGGCAUGACGAGGAGAUCCCACCUGAGAUGUUCUCCACAAGGCACAGUGGAGGGGGCGCUAUCGUUAUGUGGGGUGUUUUUCUCCUACAGUGGAACAAUGGAGCUUCAGGUUGUGCAUGGGCGUCAAAUGGCAGCUGGCUAUGUGGAGAUGUUGCAGGGGGCAUCCCUCAUGACUGAAGGCCCUUGUCUGUGUGGAAAUGAUAGCGGGACACCGUUGCAGGCAUAACAUCACUCUAUUUCACACACAGUCUAUUUCACAUUAAUUAUUGUGUGUAAUGAAUUACUUACUAAAAUCAUGUUUUGUCUCACUCCCAUUUCUUCUUUUUGCAGCUUUACAUAGAACCUCUAAGAUCCAACAGUGCAAAAUAUAUAUUCUUGCCAUUUUUCAACUGGUCUUAAAAUUUUAACCAGGAGUGUGUUGAAUUAAAGUGGUGCUGUCUGUUGUUGUUUUUUUUCACUGAAAAGAAAUAAAGUAUGCAGUCCCAAUUUUUACACAGACCUCAUGCUGGCUUUUUGUCAUGCGUGCACCAACAUGAAGGCGGCCAUGUUUUCCAACCGAUCUUCCUCAAAUUUGACAGAAAUGCGCUUGUCAGUCCCCUGAAGGUGUGUAUAUAGUAAACUC